AUGAUUGAAAAUGAAAACAAAGAAAAAAAGUUUGAAUUUCUAAAAUUCGAAGAUAGAAAUUGUUUAAUCAUUUACAAAUUACUCUUUCUAACUCGAAAUAGUGAGAGCUUUAAAAGUUUCAACGAAAACUUACUUGACCCUAGUAUAAACAGUCGAGGAAAGAAACAAUGUGAAAGAUUAAAAGAAUGUUGGAUAAGACAAAUUGAUAAAGGCUGCCCAUUACCAAGUUUGUAUUAUUCAUCACCAUUAAGAAGGUCGAUAGACACUCUUAUAUACACAUGGAAUGAUAUUACAUCGAAUAAUUAUCAGCCAAUAAUAUAUGAAAACCUAAGGCCAUUAAUUGAGUUGAAAAAUGUCAAUAAGAGACAUAAUAAAAGUGACAUUACUCAAAACUAUCCUAAUUUUAUACUCCAAAAUGAUUUUAGUGAAGAGGAUUUAUUAUUUGAAAAGUAUGAAAAAGAAGCGAAAAGAAGCGAGAAUGUAAUAGAGUUUCAUGAGCGAAUAUUGAAUUUUAUCAAAUACGAAAUCUUUGAAAAGAAUUAUUUGUUAAAUCAGUACAAUUCUAAUAGUUGUUUAUCGAUCAACUGCAAUUUGAGGACCAUCCAGGAGAUCUUGAAGAUAAUGGGACAUCGACCAUUUCAUGUUGAAAAAGGUGAGCUUAUACCAGUGUUGAUCAAAGGAACCAGAGAACCCACAGACAGCAACAAUGUGAUAUUGAAAUAUCAAUAAACAUAUGGGUAAAUCUUUUUUUAUUCUAAAUAGCCUAAUAAUACCUGUCUUUUGUGAUUGGUUGGUAUAGAUAUAGAUAUAGAUAUAGAACUUUAAUGUAAUACGCAAAACCUGUCAAUUGUGCAUAUUCCC